CUGCAUUCUACCUCUGCCUCUGGUCAGAGACAGCUGAAGCUACAGAGCACGAUCAGGGAGAAGCAGCAUCACUGGAUGGAAACACAGGAUCACAAAUAUCAGAACCAAACUGAUGAAGACUGAUAUCUGAAUCUGCAAGAGCAGAACAGGGAAGAAAAGAUCCAGCAGACGCAACAAAGACCAUCUGUAAGCAGCUAUGCGACCACGGUCCAGACUGCUGGCCAAGACGAGACUCAUGCUGCCCACAAUCAGAGAGGGCACCGAGGAGACGGUGAGAGAUCUGAAUGAAGCCAACACACUUCAUUUUGCUGCUCACGGCCAGGCUGUCUCAUCAGAGGACUACCUCCUCUCCAUCUGCCACCUGGCACACCCCACUUUCCCAACCAGGGAUGUUUCCCCUGACAACCUCCACGCAGGGCAGCAGGACGCCGUACAGCAGAGGCAGAGGCUGUCACGGCUUAGUGGGACCUCAUUAACCACAUUUGAAUUCAACCCAAAAGAGGAGGAACAUGCCACUGAUUUGCAGCAGGGAGAGUGGAAAGAACUGAAUGGCGAGAUUAUGUUUGGCAGCUCUGACCCUCUGGAGUAUCUUUACGGACACCAGAAUAACCUCUCUGCCCUUGCAGGAGGCGUGAGGAAAGCGUUUGUUGAGGAAAGGUUUGUAAGGCAACAUGGGAGUGCAUGGGGUGGCCAGGUUCGCACCAGAGCCCACAGCAUCCCCCAUGCUUCAAGUCCAGACUUCUCACGCCAACGCAAGAGCAGCUGCCCUGAAUUGCACACCAGCACUAACGCUUCAGUUCCAAAUAUCUCCCCAAAACACAGUUUGUCCAGGUCAGAGAGCAGGAGAGUUCGCUCAGCAGACAGAGGAGACAGACUGAAUCCAACCAUUAAACAAUCCCUCAUCUCCCAGUGGAUCUCUGACUGCAAGUUGGCAUGGAGGGAGGCGCGUGUUCGAGCCUGUAUGCUGCCCGCUAUUGCUGAGAUGUAGGAUGCAAAUGAAUAGUGAUUAUUACAUUCCACAAUAAAAUAUCCUAAUCUUUGUGUGCAUCAGUGCCUGAGACACUGGCAUAAGGAGAUAUGUAGAAACACACAUUUAAAAACAUACAGAUGCAAGUAAAUAUUGUCAUGAUUGUCAUUCUGUAAUGUUAUAUCAGUGUCACUAUUUACUAUUACAUCAUUACAGCUCUUCAUGUAUGCAAGUGAUCAUGCAAAUUCAUGAGAAUGGACAAAUCUGUAUCAUCCUUUUAUAUCUUCUAGUGUUUUGUGUAUUACACAUAAAGAAAUAAACCAUUUUUGAUACUCUCAAGUAAA